AUGUUUGGUGCUAACCUUACCACCUUCCACCCCACUGUGUUCAUCCUACUUGGCAUCCCGGGACUGGAGAACUACCACACUUGGCUUUCCAUCCCCUUCUGCCUCAUGUACAUCACUGCAGUCUUGGGAAAUGGAGCCCUUGUUCUUGUUGUCCUCAGUGAACGCACUCUCCAUGAACCCAUGUAUGUCUUCCUAUCUAUGCUGGCUGGCACUGACAUCUUGCUGUCCACCACCACUGUGCCCAAGGCCCUGGCUAUCUUCUGGUUCCAUGCUGGGGAGAUUGCCUUUGAUGCUUGCAUCACUCAGAUGUUUUUCAUCCAUGUUGCCUUUGUGGCUGAGUCAGGAAUCCUGCUUGCCAUGGCAUUUGACCGCUAUGUGGCCAUUUGUACUCCUUUGAGGUACACAGCCAUUUUAACUCCUAUGGCAAUUGGAAAAAUGACCCUGGCAAUCUGGGGACGGAGCAUUGGUACAAUUUUCCCUAUCAUAUUCCUUCUGAAGAGGCUGCCAUACUGUCGGACCAAUAUUAUCCCGCACUCAUACUGUGAGCACAUUGGGGUGGCCCGAUUGGCCUGUGCUGACAUCACUGUCAAUAUCUGGUAUGGCUUCUCAGUGCCAAUGGCAUCAGUUUUGGUAGAUGUUGCACUCAUUGGUAUUUCCUACACUUUGAUUCUCCAAGCUGUCUUUAGACUUCCUUCCCAGGAUGCCCGGCACAAAGCUCUCAAUACCUGUGGUUCCCAUAUUGGAGUCAUUCUCCUCUUUUUCAUUCCAUCUUUUUUUACUUUCCUGACCCAUCGCUUUGGCAAGAAUAUCCCCCACCAUAUCCACAUUCUUCUGGCAAAUCUCUAUGUGUUAAUUCCCCCCAUGCUUAAUCCCAUCAUCUAUGGAGCAAAGACCAAGCAAAUCAGGGACAGUAUGGCUCACAUGUUAUCUAUUGUGGGUAAGUCUUGA